UUGAAGAAACAUGAAGUCAUGCUGUAUUGUGUUCGCUUUGCCCAUCCUGGUGUUCCUGAUGUGGAUCCCAAUGUCGCUGAGCUGUAACAAAGCACUCUGUGCUAGUGAUGUGAGCAAAUGUCUUAUUCAGGAGCUAUGCCAGUGCCAGCCUGGAGAAGGCAACUGCUCGUGCUGUAAGGAGUGCAUGCUUUGUCUGGGCGCGCUUUGGGAUGAGUGCUGUGACUGCGUUGGUAUGUGCAAUCCUCGAAAUUACAGUGACACACCUCCGACGUCGAAGAGCACUGUGGAGGAACUGCAUGAGUCCAUCCCAUCACUCUUCCGGGCCCUCACUGAAGGGGACACUCACCUAAACUGGAACGUUGUCUCAUUUCCCGUGGCAGAAGAGUUGUCCCAUCAUGAAAAUCUGGUUUCGUUUUUAGAAACUGUAAACCAGCCACACCACCAAAAUGUGUCUGUUCCCAGCAAUAAUGUUCACGCACCUUAUGCCAGUGACAAA